AUGAAUGUUAUAAUUAAUGCAAACGGUGUUGGUGAAAAAUCGGAUUCCCUCGAGGGAUUUUUUAAUAUUGCAAUCUUAGUGACUGGAGCAACGGAUUUUGUAAGGAAAUGUAUUCCGGAGAAACUGAUGCGUAUCUGUCCACACGUUGCCGCAAUUUUUAUCCUUAUUCGUCCGAAGCGGAGCCAAACAUCUCAGCAACGAUUCAGGAAACUAUUAGACGAUCCAUGUUUGGUGAAUCGGGAUUGCUCAUAUCUGAUCUCUGAUUAUCUUCUACUUCCGAAUCUGUUUUCCAGUUUCAUUUCAACUUCAGCGCCAUUAAUUUUAAAAACAGAUGCAUCUAAUUUAGCCAUAGGAGCAGCGUUAGAGCAAUUUGAAGACAAUAAAUCGAAACUUAUCGGAUCUUUUUCACGAAGAUUAAGUAAAGCAGAACAUACUUAUCCUAAUUCAAGAAGGAAAGAAUUCGUUAACGAUACAUCGAACGACCGUCUAUGCCAGAAUCAGCGAUACUCGACAACGUUCGAGACUAAUCGAUACGCGGGAAGUGUGACUUGA